GAUUACUGAAGAUGUAUUACAUCAUAAUAGGAUGUAACAACGUUGUUGAUUCAUGUUUUCAAACAUUGAGUGAACUGAGCACAAGUUCUCCCACUGACCUUGGUAGCAGUUGUAUGUCAUAAUUUUAAUUUUUGAAAAUUAAACGCGGUGAUUUGUCUAUUUAGUCUUAUUUCGAAUUUUAGUUCUGUUACAUUACUGGGUUUGGAUGUACAGUUCUACUUGAUAACAAAACUUAGAAGGACUUACUAGACUGUGAAGUACAUUUGUUUCAAUUUUCUCAUGGGCUUUAUCGAUGAUGAAUUACAAGAGGUAUCAAAACUUUGUCAAAAUGUCAUUGAUGGUAGUCGUCUUGUUUCCUGUGUUCGCACCAUGGUGCGAGUGGAAAUAACAAAAACUAGGUGCAAAACCAUUAUUGUGUGCAUUCAGUUCUCAAAAGACUAUCCUAAUACUCCACUCUUAAUUGAGUUGAAAAGCAAAACUUUGUCUGUGAAAUUACUUGAUGGUCUAACAGAAGUUUGUGAAAAGGAAUGCAAGAAUCUGUUAGGGAAAGCACAGGUGCUACCAAUAUUGAAGUUUAUUCGCAAUUUCAUUGAUGAAAAUCCCUUGAUUUGUUGUUAUGAUGAAAUCUCAGCUAUAAAAGAGAUUUUGGAGCACGACGAUGAAUUAAAAUUGAAGCAAAAGUAUUCUUGUGUCAGUUUGAAGAUUCAAAAAGGUUUAUAUUAUUUCAAAGCUAAAAUCGAGGUACCAGAUAAUUAUCCAGUUGCUUGCGUAAAGUUAGAAGAUGCAGAUACAAAUUUUCCAUCAUUAUUUGUACGUCAUUUCAUAGGCCAAGGAAAAGAGUUAGCUAGACAGUGUGUAGAACCACCACUGAACAAGAAAUCACAAUCUUCCUUUGUUCCUUCACCAUCCUUGAAAGUUGUUAUUUCUUUCCUCAUAAAUUCUGUAAAGACCUUACCACAAGAGCAUUGUCAGUCAUGCAGACAAACUUGUCUGCCACCCAACCCAGAAAAUGCAGAGACCAACGAAACUGCAAAUAUGCAUGUAGAAAGACUUUACUGUGGACAUUUGUUUCACCUACGGUGUCUUGUGACAUUCAUGAAGACUCCUCCAUUCCAUGGGGGUAAAAAAUGUCCAACAUGUAGGCAACGUAUCUAUCAUAACAAAUGGGGCGUGAGCGAUAAGCUUGCAGAAGAUCGUUGGGCUCAUGAACAAGCUCGAGCAAGAGAACUAGCAGAGGUAGAAGAUUUCUUGAAAUGAAAUCUAUCAAUUUUAUUUAAAUCAUAUCUCGACAAAUGAUGUCAUUUUUUUACGGAAGAAUGCAAUAUCGUGAACAAAAUAUUGUUAUGGACAAUGAAAAAAAAAAUGACUUAGAAAAGAGGACAAGAGGAUUUUUAAAAUAGCGUUAUAAUUACACGCGUUCGACAUUCAUGAACGAGUGUAUAUAGGCCAGUUAAGAGAAGGUAUUUUUAAUACCCUGAAGUAUAUUAUAAUAUACACAAAACGGUUUAUAUUUAUAUCGCACUUUAUAAUAACGAUAUAAUUGCUUAAUAUGGUGCUAAUAUUUCUAAUUACCCAGUUACUUUUUUAUUGAAUAAAUUUCGUCAUUGAAUUUUGUAUCUGGUUGAGAUACAUCUAUUCAAUAAUUUUUUAUAAAUUUAGGUAUUUAAUCAUUUUUAUAUUGCGUAUCUGAAUUUGUAUCUCGAAAUAGUUACGAAAUUUGUUUCGUAUUAUACCGCUAUCAAACGUCACGUUUGUUAAAUAUUUAUAUCUAAUUAAAAUAUUUGAGAGAAAGAAAAAAAAACGGUUGAAAAGAGUGUUGAUAUAUUUAUCGUAUGUUGAAGUACUCACCAGUUUGGUUGCCAAGUGCCUUUCUGUGUUUUACCAUUGUAACGAGAAUACUGGAUGUUAUAAGUGUUGUGAAAUCCAUUUUAAUAUCUUGAUGUUACAAUCAAAUUGAAUUGACUACUAGAGGAAGAAAUUUUAACACUAAGAAUUAAUUGGUUAACAAUUAGUAACAAAAUUCAACCGUUAAAAACUUUCAAUCCUCACGGUGAAAGAAAAAAGGGCGCGCGACAUUUAACAUGUACUGAUCACAGCGCCACUCACAUCGUGCGAAAUCAAUCGAUAAUAUCGAUACGUCUAUUUGUAUAAAAAUUAAUUAAUUAAUUGGCUAUUUUUUAUUAUAUAGUAAAAGGUAAAAAAAAGAAAUAAAUUUUUGAUAAGAAUAUUAGACAGAUAUAAAAUAUAUUCUUCCUCAAUCGAAUUGUUUCCUAAAUGGAAUGUACUUACAAAUUUUUUAUUUGCGACUGUAAUAAUAAAUAUUUAUGGACGAACGAA